UCAAGCCUGAAGCGGAGCGCUGGACUGACAACCCUUCUCCCUGGUCGAGAUCUCCCAAGAAGUGGUCCUUGAGCACUUGGAAAGGAAGCACUCUCUCUGAAUCGGGCUGAGCGCCGAGCCUGCUCUGGGAAACCCCACGAACAUUUUGAGGAGCUGGCCAAGAAAGAGCUUCCAUAUGCCGCUUACUUUUUACCUGGUCGGUUGGGUCAUGCUCCGGCUUCAAGCUUAUGGGAUGCGUGGUGUCUUUUCUGUGGUCUGAAAUGGUACGGCUGAGCAACAGACACGCCUCUUGUGAUUUCUGCUCUCAGCAGGUCUAUUGCUUCAGUAAUACACUUUCAGCAAAGAAAGAAAGAAAGAAAGAAAGAAAGAAAGAAAGAAAGAAAGAAAGAAAGAAAGAAAGAAAGAAAGAAAGAAAGAAAGAAAGAAAGAAAGAAAGAAAGAAAGAAAGACCUUCUGAUUGUUCUGAAAUGGUAGCUCGAAGUAUGGGAGGAACUGCUGUCGUGUGGCUGCAGGAAGGCAGGGAGAAAACCCGAAGAAAGCACAGCACAUAUAGAUCUUCAAUUUCCUUGAGGAGGAGAAAAAGUCAUACUUAAGGAGGGUUUGAAAACCUCAGGGAUUCUCUGAUUUGACACCGCAGUGAGUCCUGAAGAGGGGAUAACCAAGAAUCCAAUCCAAAGGGAAUGUACGUUGAGUGUGAAGGAGACCACAAGUGUGUAAACGGCCUCAGUGUCUCCUGCCUGGAGUUUCUGUUAAUCAUAUUUAAAGGAUAGUGUUUCUAGUAAUCCCAGGGACCAUAUCAAAAGUUCAGUCACUGAAAAAGCAUUUUCAUAUGAACGUGAUUCAGAUAAUGUAAUCACAAAUGGUAAGCAAAGUCUUCAGCAAGUUUUGUAAGCCAUCCUAGUUCCAGUAGUUCUCAGCACAUGUCCCUCUCCUAUCUUGUGCAUAUUGCUGAGUCAACAGUUCCUCCCUCCCUGUUGCCCCUUCCGCAUAGGGACCCAAAGCAUAGUACACUGUUUUCCACUCCUUCAUUUUAUCCUCACAGUAACCCUGGCUGAGAGUGUGACUGGAUUCCAUGGCAAAAUGAAGAUUCAAAUCUGGGUCCUUGUCUUAACACUCUGAGAAAUGCACCCCACUGGCUCUUCAAAGCAGCUGCACCGUAGUGGUUAAGAGCAGGUGCACUAUAAUCUGGAGAACCAGGUUUGAUUUCUCACUCUGCCACU